AUGGUCGCCAUUGCCGAGUCUAUAAGAUCCGCUUUCCCAGAACCCUCGAACUUCGGAAAACUGGACAGAUUGGCAGACGAGCUGCCCGAUUUCGUGCACAUUCCACUGCAUAUGGCCGUGGAAGAUGAAACAUUAGAUGACUGGGAGGAGGAUUGGUUCGCUCACGCGCAAUACGAUGCGACCACGCAUGGAAAACUCAAAGAGCCAAAAAUUGAUUUUGUGUACACCUGGGUCAACGGUUCAGACCCCAGAUUCACCGCCACGAUGCGACCCUAUGAGCUCAACUCAAGUCUCAACGAUGAGGCUGGGGAGUGGAUCGCUUCCCACGGUGUAAAUCGUUAUCGUGACUGGGACGAGUUACGCUACUCCAUCAGAAGUGUUGAGAAGCACGCUAGCUCAUUCCGAAAUAACAUUCAAAUCUUGGUCAAUGCAAUUGAAGACUUCGAUGGCAAGAUAUCAAAACAGCGUCCGCUGUGGUUGAAAGAGGACGCAGCCAUCGGAGAAGAGCUUCAAGUCUUGUCUCAAGAAGAGUUUUUUGGGGAAGACGAAGCAAAAUGCCUUCCGACAUUCAACUCUUUGACUAUUGAGAACCAGAUCCACAACACGCCAUCAGACACAGACCGAAUCUUUGCGAUGUCCGAUGAUAUGUUUCUCGGCAAACCUCAUGCAGCAUCCGACAUAUACUCGCCUCUUUUUGGCACAGUGAUGGGCUUCAAACCUAACAGUUACAAUACCAUCGUACCACCCUCGGAGAAAGAUGCCCUGCGCUUCGGCGAAAAACCGUAUCUGAUCUACACUUCGUGGAUGCUGAAUAGACGGUUUGGCACCCGUAAAAGAAAAGGCCAGGUCCAUUUUGGCCACUCGCUAUCGCGAAGCGUUUACAAAGAAGCGAUGGAAGCUUUUCCAAGACCAGCUCUCAAAAGCGCUUGCCAGAAGUUCAGAGGUGAAACUGGCUUCCAGUUGUAUUCUUGGUACAAUGCUUUUCACUACACUAUCGAGCGACAUCGUGAAGCUCUUCUCUGGAGCUACAUCAUGAUCAGGAGUGAUGUCAACAGAGACGGGUACCUCAGUUGGCAAGAGAGACAGGCCAUUAUAAGUGAUCUUGAGGAAGGGCUGGCCAAUGAAGGUCGCAACUCAUUCCGCAAGAGGAUGUACUAUUAUGUUGCAAAGUCGCUCGAGGAUGCAGGACUUGAAGCACCCAAGGUCAAUGUUGAGACGACCUGGACAUCUCUCGAUGGACCUGCCACCAUUGCCAACAUUGACUGCUUCGAGUUCAACGUCAACGAGUGUUUGGCACCUGGCUUUUCUUCACCAUCUUGGGACGACAGAUCUGAAAAUCCCGUCUUUUCGACUGCCGCAAUUUUCGAUAGAGUAGCCAGACAAGAUCCGCAGUGCGGUGACUGUCUAACAAAACUGUUACUCAAUCGUGUCGAACAGGGCCUGUCGCCUCUUCUGCCGCACCAAGACAAGGAUGCUGAGCAUCGAGAAACAGUUUUGAAGGCCUUGAAACGUUACUCUUACGUUGUGGUAGAGCCGGAUGCACUGUUUACAAUGGUCACGGACGCCGAGCAAGUUCAAGUACGUCUCAUUGACCGUCUUGCCGAUCCUGAUAAACACGCCGGACAACUCUGUCUCAAUGACGAUGUUACCACUGACAACGAGACUGAGCUUCUGGCGUUGCGAGAGACCAUUUCAAGAUUAUUUAAUGAGCAUUGGGGUACGCCCAGUCGGUUCGAGGCAUGGUGA